AUGUUCAUCUACAAUCAUUCUGGUAUUACUGCAAUCCUUUUCUUAUAUGUGGAUGAUACUAUUCUCACGUGCAGCUCAGAUUCAUUUAUCAGCUCCCUUAUAUCUCAACUGAGUUCUAGUUUUGCUAUGAAAGACCUUGGAAAUCUGCAUUAUUUCCUUGGUAUUGAAGCUGAUAUGUCAAAUUAUCCCCAGUCUAUUCUUCUUACACAACAGAAGUACACUCUUGACCUUCUAAAAAGGUCAAAAAUGCUUGAUUGCAAGCCCUGCAGCACUCCAGUCACCACUGAUAAAAGGCUCUCUAUUUUGGAUGGCACUUUACUUACAGAUCCCUUGCAAUAUAGAAGCUUAGCGGGUGCAUUGCAGUAUCUUACUUUAACCAGACCUGACAUCAACUUUCACUACACCAUUUUUAGUGUUGGCAGCUUCAGUUGCAAAGAGGGGUUGCAACAGUUUGAAUCUGUUAAGAAAGUCGAGGUUGCAAUUUUUCGUAACGGCUAA